GUGGGAACCGAGGAACGGCACAAUUCCAUCAACCACGACCGAGCACGAAGCACCACCACCGACGGAAGGCCAAGGCCAACCACCAAGUAAGUACCAGCACCACAUAUUUUGCCUCCCAGAUACCAGACAUCACACUUGGCUUUACCUGCACACCACUUGUCACGGCGGGGAUCGCCUCAGUGCUUCACACCAUUCACCAUCCGUUACGGUACCUGACCGGCCACUUGCUACGAUUCUACAUGUGUACCUAGGUAGCUCCUUACCCACCUAGGUACUAGCUGUACGGAUUGUUUCCAACACCAACUACCCUACCUUCAGUUGACAACGGGUCCCGUCCCGGCGUUUGCUAACUAUUUUGUCUUGUCGCCUCCGCCACGACCCGAUACCGACCGCUGUCCUAUUUUUCUCUCCCCCCUGUGCUGCUUCAUUUAUUAGUCCCCUCCCUUCCUCUUCCUUCUGCCUUCGUCUUGUCUCCCCCCGCGACCCAAUCGGUAUCCCUUUCUGUCUUCCUCCAAGGGCCAGCAUUGGAACUCGUCCAUAGUUCCUGUUGAGUGUGAUUUUCGUCAACACCGAGGCCACCAUAUACAACAAACACUCGAUUUGUCCUCUAUACCAAGGCCAAAACACACACAUUAGCCAUGGCUUCCACCACCUCCUCGACGCCGGCGGCUCAGAACCCCGUCCUGCGCCGCACCGUCACCUCGACCACCACCGAGACGGACGCCUCGGUGCCCUCGACUGCCGUCGCCUCGCCCAUGGACUCUCCUCGUCCCUCGGCUUCCUCCACUUCCCUCUCCUCCAUGGCCUCUGACGAUGUCGCCCCCAAGUCGGCCAACUAUGGCAAGCUGUUCGACACGUACGGCAACGAGUUCACCCCUCCUGAUUUCACCAUCAAGGACAUCCACAACGCUAUUCCCAAGCACUGCUUCGAGCGUUCUGCCCUCAAGGGAUUCGGCUACAUCGCCCGGGACAUUCUCUGCCUCGCCACCACCUUCGCCAUCUGGUACAACUUUGUUACCCCCGAGUAUGUGCCCUCCAAGGCAGCUCGCGCUGGUCUUUGGGCCGUCUACACCGUUCUCCAGGGUCUUUUCGGCACCGGUCUUUGGGUCAUCGCCCACGAGUGCGGCCACCAGGCUUUCUCGCCCUCCAAGACGCUGAACCACACCGUUGGCUGGGUCCUCCACUCGGCUCUCCUCGUUCCCUACUUCAGCUGGCAGAUUUCUCACAGCAAGCACCACAAGGCCACUGGCCACAUGGAGCGCGAUAUGGUCUUCGUCCCUCGCACUCGCGAGCAGCACGCCAGCCGCGCCGGCCGCUUGGUCCACGAGGUCGCCGAGCUGACCGAGGAGACGCCCAUUUACACCUUCCUGAUGCUCAUCGCCCAGCAGCUCGUUGGCUGGCCCAACUACCUCAUGACCAACGUCACGGGUCACAACUUCCACGAGCGUCAGCGCGAGGGUCGUGGCAAGGGCAAGCACAACGGUUACGGUGGUGGUGUCAACCACUUCGAUCCCAGCAGCCCCAUUUUCGAGGCUAAGGACGCUAAGCUCAUCGUCAUGUCUGAUAUUGGCUUGGCCAUCACCAUCAGCAUCCUCACCCUUCUCGGAAACAAGUUCGGCUGGUCCAACCUCUUGGUGUGGUACUUCAUCCCCUACCUCUGGGUUAACCACUGGCUCGUGGCCAUCACCUUCCUCCAGCACACCGACCCUACCCUGCCUCACUACACCGCCGACCAGUGGAACUUCGUUCGCGGAGCCGCCGCCACUAUCGACCGCGAGAUGGGCUUCGUCGGGCGCCACCUCCUUCACGGCAUUGUCGAGACCCACGUUCUCCACCACUACAUCAGCACCAUCCCAUUCUACAACGCCGACGAGGCGUCUGAGGCUAUCAAGCCCGUCAUGGGCAAGCACUACCGUGCCGAUGUUCAAGAUGGUCCCGUUGGUUUCAUCAAGGCACUGUACAAGUCUGCGCGUAUGUGCCAGUGGGUUGAGCCCAGCGCCGAGGCUCAUGGCGAUGGCAAGGGCGUUUUGUUCUUCCGCAACCACAACGGCCUUGGCACCCCCCCUAUCAAGGGCGAGGUGUCGUAGAUGAUGGUUGGAAGAGAAAGAAAGUAAUGGCAGAGUCGUUUUAAGAGCCGGUCCGAGAUGGCCUCUUUCGCAUGCAUCGGUCCAGGAUCUAGACUAUCGUCCCGUCAACCUGUCCGAGUCCUGAACCUCGCUACGUUUCUUUAAUGCGCGGUCUUCCGCAGGAUGCCGUGGUAAUGCCCAGAUAGGGGCGCGGGUGUCAACAUGACCGGACAACGGGUAAGGAGCGUCGGGUUGAACGCUGGCAAGGCGUUAGCAUUUUUAUACCAGUAUCAAGUGGAUAGAAAAUCCAUAGAGACAAGACAAAGAGAAAGCAUGGAGCUGAAGCUUCUGGGCACCUUGGCCACGAACA